CAGCAGCACCUAGUGCUACACCACAUGAUACGAUGUCUGCUCUAGCUCCUAGCCAGAAGGACAGACUUGGUAGAGUCAUGAUUGAGCCGGAUGGAUCAUCGUGGCAUCCUGCAAAGGAUGCUGCCCGGGCUUUAAAAGAGUGUGUUAGAAAACUCUAUACACAAGCUUAUCACUCUUGGAGCGAGAUUCCAAAUAGUAUACGCCAGGCGAUGUUUAAUAACUUUAAGACUAUGUGUACUUGGGAGUCGAGGUACAAUUUGGUCAUUGGGACCGCAUUUGAGAGGAAGGCAUCCACCAGACUGUCUAGCUGGCUAAAGAGCGUUCGGGAUAGUGGUGAACGUCCCGGUUGGAUGUUGCCUCAUGUUUUUGCUGAAUUGGGUCAGUAUUGGAACACAGACAAGUUUAAGGCAAUAUCAGAUCAAGCCAAAAUGGCUAGAGGCAGUCUUAAAGGUGGCUCGUUGCACACCGGAGGUGCAAAGAUGGUUGGAACAAUUGCACGAGAGAUGGAAAAAGAAUUGGGACGCACUCCCAUUGAACCAGAGGUUUUCAAAAAGACUCAUGUCAGGAAGAAAGAAAAUGAGUCAGAUCCGGAUGUGUGGGUGGAGGAAAGGGCCGAACGAACUUUUAAUGACUUUAAUAAGUACGUUGCUGAGAAUCUAGAUAGUUCGGUUCAAUUGACACCUGAACUGUCCACUCAGAUUUGGAAAGAAAAAGUGGUAGGGGGGACACACAAGGGUAGAUGCUAUGGUCUAGGCUCUCGCAACGAUGUUAGACGCCUUCAGUCAGUCUUAGAAGGUAUUGGAUCGUCACGUCAAGCUGAGGCACUUGACGGUGUUCAGAUUACUGCUAUGUCGGAUCAAAUAACUAAACUUACAGCGGCACUAGCAAAGUCGGAGCAGAAAAGAGUAGCUGAACAACAAAGCAUGAGUGAGACCAUUCAGCAAAUCAAAGAACAAGUGAUGAACCUCGCUCGUCGAUCUACUACUUCGGCUCCCGAUGACACCAACGACGAGAGUGAUGAGGAUGAUUAUGUAGAUCUCACUCCCAAGUUUAGAUCUCUGGACAUUUAUGAGCUUUUUGAAAUUUUAAAACGAAUUUUAAAAGACUUUAUAAGUCUUUAAUUUAGGAUUUAAAUA